UGAUGCAGAAUCAUGUUAUUUGUAAAUCGGAAUAACGCAUCGCCCCCGCCCCGAUAUAACGCUCGGCGCGGAUGGAGGGGGAUGCUGGACGCGCUGCGUACUGAUCAUGAUGAUGAUGAUGAUGUAAUAAUCGCACGCUCUGCUGAUUCUAGUGCACACUAGAAUCCUCACGCUCGCGACCCGGCCAGAGUGAUGUCAUCACCAGUACCGUGAACCGAGCUUAGGAAUUUUCACCCCGCGUCCGUGCUGCUCAGCGCGGCCUCCAUGAGGACGAACCCCGGGACUGCGGCGCUGAUGGCUGUUGCGGUCGGGACUGCACCAAGCUCGCUUCAACAUCACAGCUGCGACCCCUGCGCUCAGACCAGCGGCAAAACCCGUGCAACCGAAACACGCUUCACCCUCUAUAUGGAAUAUCUGUCAUCUUAACGGGAAUUCAAACUCCUGAUUUGACUGACAGCCGGUCGCUGUGCAUCACCGAUCCUCUGCGCCCUUUCAGGACUUUUUUGGUUAGUGUCUACCCUUGAAAAUCGGCGAAAUUCGUCUCGGUGCCUGCGCUCUCUUACUCUCGCGUUUACCGGAGACUGUCAGCGCGCUGCGCACCCGGAGGCCACAAGUGCCUGUUUUUUUCUCCCGCUAGAUUGACCAUUGAUGGAAACUGAUGCCCUGUUGCCUUUCCUCGUCCGUGUCUACCUCUGCAGCCGCUGUUUCUCCUUUAGUAACGCGACUAGGCCCCCGAGCCCCGCUAAACAUCUCACAUAAUGACUCUUUGAUGGAUAAAAUGACAAGAGCGCAUCAUUUAUAUUGUGUUUUGGUAUUUUGGAUGUUGGCGUAGCGACUGUGGGUUUUAAUCUUCUUUGGAUCCGACACCCGAGAGCAAUAAACGCCCGCUAUUUUAAGGGAUCGAGCGCGCUUCUCUCUCAGGAUGGCAAAUGAACCCGUUAUUCUUAAUGUGUAUGACAUGUACUGGAUAAAUGAAUACACCUCCACUCUGGGUAUUGGAGUCUUCCACUCAGGAAUAGAGAUUUACGGCAGAGAGUUUGCAUAUGGCGGACAUCCGUAUCCCUUCAGUGGCAUUUUUGAGAUCAACCCUGGAAAUGCCUCAGAACUGGGGGAGACUUUCAAAUUCAAAGAGGCUAUAGCUCUGGGUACGACAGACUUUGCAGAGGAGGACAUCGAUAAAAUAAUGGAGGAGCUGGGAAAGGAGUUCAAGGGGAACGCCUACCACCUGAUGCACAAAAACUGCAACCAUUUUUCUUCUUCGCUGUCUGAGUUGCUGUGUGGUAGAGAGAUCCCACGCUGGGUCAAUCGAUUGGCAUAUUUCAGCUCCUGUAUUCCAUUUCUGCAGAGUUGUCUGCCCAAAGAGUGGCUCACACCCGCCGCUCUCCAGACCCAUAUCAGCAUGGGCCUUCGGAAGGAGAACACACACACACACGAUUCCAGCGACGACGAGCCCUCGUCUGCCACAGAGGCAGCCGCUGGAACGUCACACAGCUGCAGGCACACCCGCGUGUGAUUUACAUAUAUAUUUACAUGCAGUAUUAUACAAAUUUGAACCCACAUACACUCCAACCUCUGAUCCUGCUGCUACAGCGCCUCCUGCUGGACUGGAUGAACACCAGACCUCAUGGCCUCUCUGAACGAGGAAAUCAAAGUCAUGUUUUUCAGUAGAGCCUACAGGGAUUUACAAAACCUUGCAAUGGUACUCUUAAAGUUUUAGAAUUAUUUGAUUUUUACUAAGAUUUUAGGGAAAUGAAAACAUUUAGAUUUCUCUCUCUUAUAAGUGCAUAGGACAAUAUGAAUGAUGGGUGAUCGUGAUGGACUGCCCCCUGCUGGUGUGUGACAGCACUACAGGCCCCUUCCUUCUAAAUACAGAACUUUUUUCUUUUAAUCUCAUCUGGAUGUUCUCCAGAUUUAGCCGAGUUUGCUGUGCUUUCAAUGGUUUUCUAUUCUCUGAUGGAAUAAGCGUGUCAUCUGAAGAGGAACUCACAUUCCUGAUUUUAGUAAUAUUAGUCUGCGUUAAGUUAAUUAUAUGAUGUCAAACUAAUGUCAUCUUUGGUUUACAUUCAUUUUAUUUCUAGCUCUGUAUUUUUAUAUUUUAGUGCAAGGUUUUCAAUGAAUUUACACUAAAAAGGGCCGAUGACACACUGACAGCAGUUGGAAAUUGCAGCCUUAUAACUGUAAGCCAUUGAUAUGCUGAACUCAACUGAAACAAAAGACCCCUGUUGUUCGGUCGUUGAGGACACAAAGGGGGCAUUUGUGAGGGUGAUGUUGAGGGGGUGGGUGGGACACGUGGGUGGGGUUUGCACAUCAGGUCUGGUAUCAGUACUGUACGACAGUGUUGUGAUUGAAUGCAAUGUCUGAGUGAUUAAGAGAACGGGAGUGUUGCAAAGGUGUUAAUGGUCAUUUCUCUUGACUUUAGUAAUUGUGGUUUCUGGCUUUUAAAAGUGCAGACUGAAAAGAGUAAUGUUGCUGUUAAGAUGAGUCAUCCACACCUCACUACAUUGCUUUUGCACAAAUUUCUGCCCUGGUUUUUGGAUUGGAGUAGUCAACGGUCGUUGCCAAAAGUCAGAGCCAGAUUUCAGAGAAAAUAGUGUAUGAUGGUCACAGACUCAGCCAUUUAGUGUAGGCUGCCCAGAUUUUCUCUGUAGCCAUUUACAGUUGAGGUCCCCCUUUCAGAAUCAUUAAAAAUGUUAAUUAUUUUACCAAAAUAAACGGGAUAAUACAAAAUACAUGUUAUUGUUUAUUUACUACUGACCUGAAUAAUAUAUUCACAUAAAAUAUGUUUACAUAUAGUCCACAAGAGAAAAUAAUAGUUGAAUACAUAAAAAUGAAUCAAUUAAAAUGUGUAUUAAUACAGUGUUGUAACCUGAAUGAUCCACAGCUGUGUAUUUUCAUUUAGUGAUAGUUCAUGAGUCACUUGUUUGUCUUAAACAGUUAAACUGCCCUCAGUUCUUCAGAAAAAUCCUUCAGGUCCUAUAGAUUUUUUGGUUUUCCAGCAUUUUUGUGUAUUUGAACCCUUUCCAACAAUGACUGUAUGAUUUUGAGAUCCAUCUUUUCACACUGAGGACAACUGAGGGACUCAUAUGCAACUAUUACAGAAGGUUCAAAUGCUCACUGAUGCUUCAGAAGGAAAAACAAUACAUUAAGAGCCAGGGGGUGAAAACUUUUGAACAGAAUGAAGUGUACAUUUUUAUUAUUUUGCAUAAAUAAAAUAGGUAGUUUUAUGUUUCCCAGAAGACAAAAUAAGUUUAAUUUACCCCAAAAAGUUUUCACCCCCCGGCUCUUAAUGCAUCGUUUUUAUUUCUGGAGCAUCAGUGAGCGUUUGAAACUU